AUGGAUAACAAGUCCAUGCGGUGCGCGAACAAGGCAGCUGAGAGCGCGUCUGCACGUCUCUGUGCGGACGCCGAAGCAGAAACCGCUGCAACCGAUGUUUCAUCGGUUGCUAGAGCGUCUCAGCCUGUAUCACCUGGUGAUGCAGACGCUCGUCAUGAAGACACUCGUGUCUUCACCGAGUAUUAG